CCGAUUUAGGAAUACCGAAACGGCGAAAUGACAAGAGUGACGACUGUGCUGCGCAGAGCUCGAAAGGCCAUUCAAGACUUUGAUUUGCUCAAAGCUUUGCAAUCGGAAAUCAACCACGAGCUCUCCAACCCAGCACCCUUCCAGAAUGAGGAAUGUGGUAGCUUGGGAGAUUUCUCAAUUGAAUGGGAUUCACGAAAUUCUCAAGAUGUGCUUCUGAGGAGGAGAUUUGAGUCGGGUGAGGAAGUUGCUGUUUCAGCUAUCUUAGGCGCUGAUGCUGGUACAGAAGAUAGGUUACCCAGAGAAGCUUUGGUUAAAGUGUGCGUAAAAAAGCCUGGCUUGAGUUCCAUCCUGCAGUUUGAUUGUAGAGGGUUCGGUGAUUACAGGGUACCAAACUUUCAAAUUGAUAAUGCAUAUUACAUCGCAUCAACUUCAGGCCUGGAUUCUUCGGCUUAUAAAGGUCCUUCGUUCAGUUCUUUGGACCCUACACUGCAAACUGAGUUCCUCCGGUACCUACAAGCUCGGGGAAUCGAGGAAAACUUAAUUAGCUUUCUCAUUCUACACCUACACAAGAAGGAGCAAGGUCAAUACGUCAACUGGCUGCACAGAUUGCAGGCUAUGGCAGCACAUGACGAAUGAAACAUACCGAUUGGGUGAAUUUUAGUCCUGUUUGGUAGCCAUUCAGGCCUUAACUGUUUGUACCAUUUUUGGCUCAAAAGAUUUUGUAGAUUUUUGUUUUGUCCUUUGCACUAUUCAUAGGCAUAAUAGUGAUGCCUAACUUGUGUUGUUUAAUGGCCCAUCACUUGAGAAUUUUGUCAAAA